AUGUCGCACGCUGACCACACACGAGACCCCUGCCCAUGGGUCAUUCUCAACGAUUUUGGCGGUGCGUUUGCGAUGGGUGCUAUCGGAGGAGGCAUCUGGCAUGGAAUAAAAGGCUCGAGAAACUCUCCAAGGGGAGAACGCCUGGUUGGGGCACUGUCAUCCAUAAAAGCGCGAGCACCCGUCACUGGCGGUAACUUUGGAGUCUGGGGAGGAAUGUUUUCGACGUUUGACUGUACAGUCAAGAGCUAUCGACAGAAGGAGGACGCCUGGAAUGGAAUCAUUUCUGGAUUCAUGACUGGUGGAUGUCUAGCACUACGAAGUGGUCCAAAGGCAACACUAGGCAGCGCGGUCGCCUGCGGGAUUUUGCUGGGAGUCUUUGAGGGAGUUGGUGUGCUAUUAAACAGAACAAUGGGUGAAGCAAACAGACCGGUUGCGCCGCAGUACGCACCAUCACCGUCGGGGCAGCAACAGCCAGUCACUGUUGCUUGA